AUGGCGUCCAAUAACAUAGAAGUUAUAAUUGCUCUUAUAGAGAGCGUUCGUUUACUUUACGUCGACAAACAAUUGAUAUGUUUAUCUUCCAAAAAAGAACCUUCCAUUGUUUAUAGUCCUCAUAUUCGGCAUUUUACUAAAACCUAUUCAAAUAACUCACACCUCUCUCUCUCUCCCUCUCUCUCUCUGUCGCUCUCUCUCUCUCUCUCUCUCUAUCUCAGUGUAGCAUACGAAAAUCUAUCUAGAUGCGUUUAUUAUCAAUAUAUCUGUCUAUGUCUAUUCAUUAUCUAUCUAUCUAUCUAUGUCUGUUCUUUACUUAUCUCAGUUUGUUCAUUAUUCUAUCUAUGUAUGUUCAUUAUCUAUCUAUCUAUGUCUGUUCUUUACCUAUCUCAAUUUGUUCAUUAUUCUAUCUAUCUAUCUAUGUCUGUUCUUUACCUAUCUCAGUUUGUUCAUUAUUCUAUCUAUCUAUCUAUGUCUGUUCUUUACCUAUCUCAGUUUGUUCAUUAUUCUAUCUAUCUAUCUAUGUCUGUUCUUUACCUAUCUCAGUUUGUUCAUUAUUCUAUCUAUCUAUCUAUGUCUGUUCUUUACCUAUCUCAGUUUGUUCAUUAUUCUAUCUAUCUAUCUAUGUCUGUUCUUUACCUAUCUCAGUUUGUUCAUUAUUCUAUCUAUCUAUCUAUGUCUGUUCUUUACCUAUCUCAGUUUGUUCAUUAUUCUAUCUAUCUAUCUAUGUCUGUUCUUUACCUAUCUCAGUUUGUUCAUUAUUCUAACUAUGUAUGUUCAUUAUCUAUCUAUCUAUCUAUCUAUCUAUCUAUGUCUGUUCUUUACCUAUCUCAGUUUGUUCAUUAUUCUAUCUAUCUAUCUAUGUCUGUUCUUUACCUAUCUCAGUUUGUUCAUUAUUCUAUCUAUCUAUCUAUGUCUGUUCUUUACCUAUCUCAGUUUGUUCAUUAUUCUAUCUAUCUAUCUAUCUCUGUUCUUUACCUAUCUCAGUUUGUUCAUUAUUCUAUCUAUGUAUGUUCAUUAUCUAUCUAUCUAUCUAUCUAUCUAUGUCUGUUCUUUACCUAUCUCAGUUUGUUCAUUAUUCUAUCUAUCUAUCUAUGUCUGUUCUUUACCUAUCUCAGUUUGUUCAUUAUUCUAUCUAUCUAUCUAUGUCUGUUCUUUACCUAUCUCAGUUUGUUCAUUAUUCUAUCUAUCUAUCUAUCUCUGUUCUUUACCUAUCUCAGUUUGUUCAUUAUUCUAUCUAAGUCGAAAUAA